GAGCAACAGUGUGUGGCUUUUUAUAGCUUCACGCUGAAAGCCAAAUGCAUUAAAAUUCAGCUUGCAGCCCUGAAAACUUUUCUUAUUCGCUCGCAGGCACCUUUGGGAGGACUGUUGGAAGUCAAUCAGUUGGGGAGCUGUGUUGACAGUGCUCGGUUUGAGAGACAUAAUGUACGGGCUGCUGUGUGAGAGUCUUCACGACUUCAUCAAGGAGUCAUACGGAGAUGAUGUGUGGAAGCUGGUCAGAGAAAGAGCAGAUGUCAGGUUGCACUCUUUUGUCACCCACCAGGUGUAUAGUGAGAGUGUGAUUCCCCGUAUUGCAAAGGCAGCCAGUGGCGUGACAGGCACACCUUACAAUGAGCUGAUGAACUCAUGGGGUGUCUACUUCCUUGGCUUUGUUGGGAAGUACGGCUAUGACAGGAUCCUCAAGGUUCUGGGCCGUCACGUACGUGACUUUGUCAAUGGCCUUGAUAAUCUGCACGAGUACCUGCGCUUCAGCUACCCUAAGGUGCAGCCUCCAACCUUCUUUUGCCAGGAGGAGUCAGCCACUGGAGUCACCCUCCACUACAGGAGUAAGCGCAAAGGCUAUCUGCACUACGCCAUGGGGCAGCUAAGGCAGAUGGGGAAACAGUUCUAUGACACCGACAUCCAUGUGGAGGUGCUCUCUGAGCAGAUGGUUGGAGACUACUCUCAUGUCACCAUGAGGUUGAACUUUGACAACUCUGCCUACCGCUACAUCAUGAAGGAGGAUGAAGAAGAGCAGGAGAUUUUGCCCAUUACCUCAGAUUUCUUCUUUGAGGUCUUCCCCUUUAACAUCGUCUUCAGACAGGACAUGGUGGUGCAUAAUGUUGGUUCAGGCCUGGCAACAGUGUUCCCUGACCUGGAUGGGAAGAAGAUCAACGAUGCCUUCUUGCUGGCUCGCCCCCUAGUGGAGUUUACCUGGAACAUGAUCAUCUCCCACCCCAACAACCUGUUUGAGAUCAUGUCCAAGGAGCCUGUGAAGAGAGAGAGGAACCUUCACAACCGAGUCCAGAAUUCUGAUUAUGAAAAUGCCAAUCGCACUGCUGACGUAGACGUGGAGCUCAUGGCUUUCCAGUCCAUCAUUGGAGAUGAUUACAAAGACGGUAACAGCGCUAAUGCGAUGGAGAGCUGGGGCGAUGGGAGCCGCUGCCUGAAACUGAAAGGACAAAUGAGAUAUAUGCCAGAGUGGGAGUCCAUCAUCUUCCUGGGAACCCCUGUUAUGGAGAGUCUGAGUGCUAUGUUUAGGACCGGACUGUACAUCAAUGAUCUAAGCAUGCACGACUCCAGCAGAGACCUGGUGCUGGCGGGCACGCAGCAGUCAGAGGAGCUGAAGAGAGCUCUCAUACAGGAGCAAAAGAAGUCCAGCAAGCUGGAGGAGAGCAUGAAGAUGUUAGACUAUGAGAUGAAGAAGACUGAUGACCUCCUGUACAGAAUGAUUCCCAAGCCAGUAGCUAAAAGACUGCGCAAAGGAGAGCCGGCUGUGAACACUUGUGAGGUGUUCCCAGAUGUGACCAUUCUUUUCAGCGACGUUGUGGGAUUUACUCGCAUUUGCAGCCACAUCACUCCAAUGCAGGUGGUCUCGAUGCUCAACACCAUGUACACACUGUUUGACACGCUCAGCGAGAAGCACCGCGUCUUCAAGGUUGAGACUAUUGGAGAUGCCUACAUGGUGGUAGCUGGGGCUCCAGAGAAGACAAAGUAUCACGCUCACAACAUCUGUGACAUGGCCCUGGACAUGGUGCGAUCAAUAGAUCACCUGAAAGACCCCUCUAAUGGCAACCACAUACAAAUCCGUGUUGGGAUCCACUCUGGGAUGGUGGUGGCAGGUGUGGUGGGACAUAAGAUGCCACGUUACGGUCUGCACGGUGACACAGUCCACACCGCAUCUGCCAUGGAGAGCAAUGGAAAGGAGAUGCACAUUCAGCUCAGCAGUGCCACCUACGAGCACCUGAAAGGAAGUCACUUUAUUUUUGAAAGGAGGGGCACCAUUACCAUCAAGGGGAAUGUUGAAAUUGAGACCUACUGGCUGAAAGGAAAGAGGGACAAAGACGGAAAUGCUCAGGCGGCUUGUCCUCAAUUUGAGAACCAGACCAUCAGUAAGGCCAACAUCUCAGGUCCUGAGGCCACAGGAAAUAAGGAAGGGCUGGCUUCCCCACUAGUGCCAGGGCGGGAUGAGGAUGACGUCAAGUCUACUCGCUCUCAUCGUCUCAAGAUGGACAUUUCAGGCCAUUCUCUUAAGGGGUCGAUGGAGUUGUGCCGUGUGGAGAAGAUGUCUGUUCAUAAGGCCCACUAUAAGGAUGCUUUGCAGGAUGGCCUGCAGGACGCUCGCCUGGGACUGGACUCACCUGAGUCUGACGGCAGGGACUGCAUCAUGGAGUCCCCUGACAGCUCCUGUGACUCCCGCUGCUCCAAGAGUGCCACAUGCUCCGUGUCAUGAGCCAAACAGACGCCAGCUGAUGCUGUCGCCAGAAAUUCAUUUGUAUUACUGUUUCUAAAGCGCUUUUUUACAACUUAUUAACUGUUAAGCCAAAUGCCAGAUAGGAAUGCUGUUUUUGCUGUUAUUUUGGCAUUCUUGUGGCGAUACCAUGACAAUCUCUUUAGUGACGUAUUGUUAGUAUACAUGGCCUAAUAUUUAAUGCUUGAAAUUUCUAGUGGCCCAGAGUGUUGUCAUGUUGCAUGGCAACAUCAUGAUUUCUUAGGUAGGUUUGAUAACACAGAAAUAAAUCACAGCUAUUAUCGCUACAUUUACACUUCGAUCAGUUUGAUGGGGCAGACAUUUCUCCAAUUAAUACCUCACAUCAGUCACCUCAAAGCAAUUGCCACUAAAACGUUGCUGUGUCACUGCCACGCGGUUCAGCUGGACACAAGCUCAGUAAUUUCCUGGUUGUUCUGCUGCACCUUGUAGAUUUGACAUCUUAUUUCAUCUUUUCAAGAAAUCCCUCUGUAUCUCUCCUCAGUCCCUCUCCUUCAUCUUGCAUGUCUGGAUUUAAUGUUCUAUAACAGUCCCCUCAAAUACACAGCCCCGGCACAAUGUAAAGGCUUGUCAGCUCAGUGAAAAUAAAGCGAGAUGCCUGCUGA